AUGGCGACGGCGGUUCCCCCUGCGGUGCGGGCGCGUGGACCUGAGAGAUCUGAGCCAGCCACACCGGGGGAGGGCAGCAUCCUGCGGCGUCUGAAUAACAACUCUUUUCCUCCUUUAUUGUGUCUCCAGGCCUUCGGACAAGCCUACUCCAACCACAGGAAGGUGGCAGCGGAUGGGGAGAGCCGUGAGGAGUCUCUCAUCCAGGAGUCGGCCUGUAAGGAGGCCUACUACGAGCAGAGGGUCCUGGAGCUGCAGGCGGAGCUCCGCCAGGCGCGCAACAUCCUCACCAAUACCCAGUCUGAGAACGAACGGCUGAACACCAUCUCCCAGGACAUGAGAGAGAACGGCCAGAUGGUGGAACUGCAGAGGAAUCAGCUGCGUGACGACGUCAAGGAGUACAAGUUCCGGGAGGCUCGUCUGCUGCAGGACUACACCGAGCUGGAGGAGGAGAACAUCUCGCUGCAGAAGCAGGUCUCCGUGCUCAAGCAGAGCCAGGUGGAGUUUGAGGGUUUGAAGCAUGAGAUCCGUCGUCUGGAGGAGGACACUCAGUUCCUGAACAGCCAGCUGGAGGACGCCAUCCGACUGAAAGAGAUCGCCGAGCGUCAGCUAGGUGAGGCCCUGGAGACCAUCAAGACUGAGCGGGAGCUGAAGGCGUCCCUGAGGAAAGAGCUCUCGCACUACAUGAGCAUUGGAGACACGCUUUGUCAAAGUCCUCUCAGCAUCUCUCUGGAUGGACUCAAGUUCGGCGACGACGCCGGCACUGAGCCCAACAACGACGAGGCUCUCCACGGGUACGAGAACGGCUUCACCAAGCUGGCCAAUGCCAUCACCUGCGACAACCGCAUCUCCGCGCCCAAGAAGGACGAUGUGUUCCAUCCUGCGCCCAGCCUCGUGGACGACCUGCUGAGCGAACUCAACAUCUCGGAGAUCCAGAAGCUCAAACAGCAGCUGAUGCAGAUGGAGCGGGAGAAGGUCAACCUGAUGUCCACCCUGCAGGACUCCCAGAAACAGCUGGAGCAGGUCAACGGCGCUCUGUCCGAGCACCAGGAGAAGGUCAACCGCCUCACCGAGAACCUCAGCGCCAUGCGCAAGCUCCAGGCCAGCAAGGAGCGCCAGUCCGCCUUGGACAACGAGAAAGAACGCGACAGCAAUGAAGACGGAGACUACUACGAGGUGGACAUCAAUGGACCGGAGAUUCUGGAGUGCAAGUAUAAGGUCGCUGUGUCUGAAGCAGGAGAGCUGAAGGAGGAACUGAAGACUCUGAAGACAGAAUACCAGGCCUGUCAGUCGAGUUACGAAGAGGAGCGCACCCGUCUGGAGAUCGACGUCACAGCGCUGGAAGUGAAGCUGGCGACUCUGGAGAAGACCAGUCACACAGAGAGAGUAGAGAAGGCCAAGCUGGAGAAGGAAGUGCGCAAGUUGAGCGACGUGGCAGGCGAGUCCCAGGGCAGUCUAAGUGUGGCACAGGACGAGCUGGUCACCUUCAGCGAAGAACUGGCCACCCUCUACAACCACGUCUGCAUGUGCAACAACGAGACACCCAACCGCGUCAUGCUUGACUUCUACAAGCAGGGCAAGGGUGGUCGGAGCAGCCCAGAGGGCCGUGGUCGCCGCUCCCCCAUUCUGCUAACCAAGGGCCUCUUCCCCGAACCCGGUAAGACCGACCAGAGCGACGGAGCCCCUUCACCGGUCUCCUCGCUGCCUUCUCCCGUGUCGGACCACCGCCGCGAGCCCAUGAACAUCUACAAUCUGGUGGCCAUCAUCCGGGACCAGAUCAAGCACCUGCAGCUGGCCGUGGACCGCACCACGGAGCUGUCGCGCCAGAGGGUGGCCUCUCUGGAGCUCGGCACCGUGGCGGACAAGGACAAGGAAGCCUGCAUGGAGGAGAUCCUCAAACUGAAAUCUCUGCUCAGCACCAAGAGGGAACAGAUCGCAACCCUGCGGACCGUCCUCAAGGCCAACAAGCAGACAGCAGAAGUCGCUCUGGCCAAUCUGAAGAGCAAGUACGAGAACGAAAAGGCCAUGGUAACGGAGACCAUGAUGAAACUGAGGAACGAGCUCAAAGCCCUGAAGGAGGACGCCGCCACCUUUUCCUCCCUCAGAGCCAUGUUCGCCACACGGUGUGACGAGUACGUCACCCAGCUGGACGAGAUGCAGAGGCAGCUGGCUGCAGCAGAGGACGAGAAGAAGACCCUCAACUCUCUGCUGCGGAUGGCCAUCCAGCAGAAACUGGCCCUGACUCAGCGCUUGGAGGACCUGGAGUUCGACUACGAGGAGACCCGCCGGGGGGGCAUCGCCAGCCGGGUCAAGGCCCGCAGCAAGGCCGCCAGCGGCACCUCCGCCCUCCCCCACGUAAGUCAGAGUCUCACCUGCUCUGGCUCCGGCCGACCAGUGCUCAACGCCAUGCCCAAUGGCAUUCUGGGAGGCCCGCCGGCUUUUUGCAGCGAGAAGUACAAGAUCUACUGUGACUGAGGCGGCUGAGGAGUCCGCAAGGGACUGCUGUGUACAGAGGGGAGGGGGGGGCCCGCGGGCCCGACCCUCCCUGCCUUAGUGUUAAAGAGCCCCACUCUGCUCGCUUAGCUCCCUGCGCUCCUCUAGGGACCGCUGUGUGACUAACCAGCUGCUCAUGUGUGCUCGUGUAAACGCUUAGGGGAAUGCCGAUGUGUGUGUACAGUGUGCACUAGACGUUUGGACUGUGGUAGACAUAUAUGGCAUGUGGAUUAUAGGGGCCCCCGGUAUAUUGGGGGUUUUGUGGGUAUAAUGGCGUGUCUAUUCUUUCCUCUGUCAUAGUGCUGUACGUAUGACGUAAACAAGGUGGCAGCUUCUGUGCUCGUUUGUUCUGCCCCCCCUCUUCCCCUGAGUGUAUUGCCUGGUAAGAGUAACACAUGGCGGGGAUUGGGACUUGUAAAGAAGAUGUCGAUCUGACGGUUUUGUGUCUGUCGGCAUUGGUGCUCCUUUAAUAAAAGCCCCCUUCUCUCACCAUCCUGCCCCCUCACCCCGCCCCCACCCCACCCCCACCAGGACUGACCUGCGUCCAGCAGCCCACCGUCUAAAUCAGGUCAAAGAAAAAGGAACUAAAAAUAUGCAAUCUCCCUCUUGCUUUCCUGCAAGGGGAGCACACAGUGUGAUUCUACACAGAAAUUUCAAACGUGGGUUUGCUACUGGGUUUGUAAUGGAAUUGGUGGGCAGAAAAGGAGCACCUGUGACCACAGGUGUUUAUUUCAGGGUUGUUUUAAAGCUGUGACGCUAGCACACCAAUACAGUAGGGUCAGUAGAAUCGCAUGGCUUCGCAGCUGAAAAACGCUUAUGAGCUUCUUCUUUUUUAAACUGUUUCUAUGUCGUCAGGUAUGUGGUACAGGAAGAACUCCUGUACUACAGGGCUCUACGUUGUGAAAAGAGGAGUUAUUCGGUGUCUGGUGAAACGCAGGAGGGCUACUCCAUGUGACCCGUCACGUUGCGAUGGAUUCUUUCAGAGCCAUGUUAUCCGAGAGAAGGACGUUUUGACUUAUCGAUCUCCAUAAACCCAAAUUAAGUGCACUUCAGCAAAGGUGCCUCAGGUUCCGACCUCUGUUAAAAUGGAUAUAUAUCGAUUACUGUGAACGGAGAUACAAUAUAGUUUUGAUUCAAAGGCGAUUUUUUUUUUUUUUUUUUAAAUGCGGAGUAAAUCCUAGAAGAGCACAAAUCAAAAAAGAAAAAGGCGCCCACGCGUGCACAACGAAAUCUACGAACAAAAACCAACCGACCGCUCGGCAAAAGUGCCUGUCGACCCAAACGCUUGAUAUAUUUAUCUAUCUGUUGAUGUAAAGCCCUGUCCUCGUGUCUCCCCCACAUCCUCCGUCUCCCUGUUCUAUUUUUAGAUCGCUCCGAGCUCUCAAAUGAUUUCCGUGCUGUUGCGUGGCUAAAAAGCCUUCCCUCGUGUCUCUAAUUUGUGUCUUUUGUCGCCCGGUCGCCCAAAAUGACCUCCUCUCUUUCUAGAUUGUCAGCAGCUUGCUCCUCCAGCAUCACCACUCACCCUUUAACUAGAGCGAGGAAUUGUGGGGGAAGUUGCCCUCUGAAUAUUUUCGGUCAGGUAACGUCCUCACAUGCGCCGCGUUCCCGAUAUUUGCCUGUGUGUGUGUGUGUGUAUAUCAGCGUUAACGUGACGGGCCCUCGUGUGUAUUCUGGUUUUAACCUUUUGCAGAUGGAGGGUCUUUGUUUUUGUUUUCUGGUGUGUGAGGACAGAGCGAGUGACUUACUGUUUUUGUAUUCACAAUAGCUUUAACCCCUCGCAAGCUAGCAUUACGCAAAUAGGAAAAAGAAGUGGGGCUUGUGUUUUUAUAAAUCCAUGUACUGCUUGUGGAUCAUAGACACAUUAGCUUUAUGGUGCUGAAAGCAGGGUUGAUGAGGAGAUCCUGCAAGAUUGAUCAAAUUAUGUGUUUUCUACUACCACUAUGCUAUAUAUUGAAAUCUAUAUUCUUAAUAUGAUCAUGUUCAGGUUAUAAUCUUGCAGGAUCCGACUACAGUAUUCCUCCCUCUCGGAUGUAAAGAGAGGGAGCUUAAUUAUUCCGCCCGAAAAUGGAGUCAACCCUGCUUGAGAGUGCAUCCGUAAAGCCACCGCGCACAGCGUAGACAGACGAGGCUAUCGCACACACACCUCCUUCAGAGGUCAAUCACUCUUCAGUUUGAGAUUCGCUUAACUUCCAAGUGUGAUGCAUUCUUUAUAUCAGUUUGCUCUGACGGGGGAAACGGUUCGGGGAGUUAGAGGAGGGAGAACUACUCUCGUCGUAGACCGGCUCCAGAGAGAGGAGAUGGAGAAAGCCAGAUGUCCUGGCUGAGAGCUGACUCUCAUACAGGGAGAAACUCCCGGUCAUUAUUGGAGGGGAAAUUUAAAUAACACUGGUUGCUCAUUUGACCAGAGGACACUGAUUCAUUAGGGCCCCGAACCCUUCCCCCUUGUAUAGGCUCUGUGGAAUCACGGAGCGGUAGGUGGACCCCAGGAUGGGAUUGGGACUAGAACCCCGUCGCCUUUAGAAAGAUGAAACUCCCACGUCGCUCCGUCCGGUUUGAAAAUCGAUGUCUGGCGUGUCUGCUGUCGUAACAGCAUGCCACCUAUAAAGCUCCUCCUACCUCUGCUUGCAGGCUCCGCCCAUGUCACCUUUUUUUAAAGUUUUACCACACAAUGCAUCCAGUUUUUGAUUCCCAGUAGGCCUGCAUGUCAACUCAUUCUCCAUUAACUUGCAUGGCUCAUGAACGAGACCUCUUUUUGACCCCGGGGUGGUGGGACGAGGCUUCGUGGUGCUCGAGAGUCAUUGGCUUCCUAACUGCACCCGCAGGACGGUCAUCACGUCGGGGGUUCCUAACAGGGCUUCCAUUGCGUUGACUAACUCCAGCCGCCGUGCCGCUCUGAAUUGACAAAAAACACCAAUGCUGAUAACGUUUGUUUCUUCAUUUUUACAGUAAACACAGUAGUUCCGCGUGGACGACGAAGUGCCAACACAAAGGUCCAUUCUCACUGCUGAGUUCACCGAAAAGAGUUAGCACUAAUAGAACAUUAGGACUCGAAGACAAAAAAAAUACUAAACGAAAACACUGAUUUCCAGUCGAAUAAAGUGACUCACUUUUUAAAAGGUUACGGCUGUUAGAACGACACUUUUGCAUGCUGCUGCUGCUGCUGGAAGCCAAUUCCUCAGAGGUCCAAUGAACUGAUUAAAAAGUGUGGGUUUGUGAUUAGCUAAUCUAAGCCCUCCAAUGAGAACACAGGGGACUCUGGGUCUGGUCUCAUCUUUUGUUUUGUUCUAGUUUAUUGUUUUUAUUUUGUAAUCUGUGCACUUUCAUUAUAUAGGGUUAUAACGGACUAUUAUUAACCUGUAGGAGUGGUAGUAUAUGGUUUGUGAGUUAUUCAGCAUAGGUUAUAAGACUUUAGGAUUAUUCGUCAUCCUGAACUUAAAUAACAAACCAUUUACUCUAAAGGCUCCACAAGCCACAGACCUGCUAUUAUGACUUUAUCCUCAAGAUUUUAUCCAUCAAAUAAUCAUGUUUUGAAUUGUUUUGUUACACCAUAUGUUAAGCUGUUUGUUUGUUCUGCUGCCAUGUUCUAUACACAAAAACAAAAAUCCUGGGUGAUCAGAUUCUGGGGUUUUUUCAUGUAUUUAUUAUUCCUAGGAAUAGUUCGAAAAUAACACAAUGAAACUUGACAACGCUCUGACUCAAAUAGGUAAGUUGUGUUUCGGGGAAAAAACCCAAUUGAGUGGUAUGAUAUGCUUUUCCUCACUUCUUACCGAGGGCGUUCCACUGAAACGGGAUCACUGACCGCCAGCAUUCUCUGCAAGUGCGACAAUUAAAUUCCAAAUUGGAAUUGUUUCAUUCUCUCUUCGUUUAUCGUGCCAAAUCUUGGCGCACCGUUUAGGUUGAAAAGAAUCGAGACUCGGAAAGAAGACAAACCGUCACUGAGACAUGAUGUAGUCGGGGGGGCGCCGUGGCUCUGCAAGCGAGCGCCCGGGGUUUUGCUUUUGGUUUGUUUAGUUCUUCGUUUCUGACCAGUAGUGCCUUUCAUUGUUUCAAGGGAGAAUCUUAGACUAGUACUUUGUUUUGUUUUUUUACAGGCGAGGACUUCGGGUUCAAAAUAACUGUGAGCAGCAAUAAGUGCAAAGGGAAUUUUUCCCCGUCUGCAUAAGUGAUAGUUUUGAAAUUAGCUCAAUAAAAGUGAAAUUGUAUUGAAUUCUGCAGGUCAGUGAUCCCACUCAUUAAAUUCAGGGGUAUUAAGAAAAAGGUUGUUUUUUUUUUAAUCAAACUUUGGGAACCAAGUGAAAUCCCUUUGGCCUCCUGUUGUUGAACAAAAUGCUCCGAGCAUCGGUCAUGUGUCGGAGCAGGUCGGUGUAUUAUUGGAAACAUCUCCGCAUCUCUAGCUUUGUUUGGUGAAGGUAAAGUGAUAUCAAUAGUAUUGUUGAAAAGAAAUGUGCAGAGAGCGCAUUUUCUUUUUGUCCAAUUUGAGUUAUGUUUGUUGUUGUUUUUUAUUAUUAUUAUUGAUUUUUUUUUACAUCAUUUUUGAGCAUUAUGUUUUCAGGAAACAGAAAACAAAAUUAGCAUCAACAAGCUUGAAUAGUGCCAUUACAGCCAAUGCUUGUUUGUUGAGGCGUUAAAACUUACCAAUACGGACGGGAAGCUAGGAAAUAAAAGUGCAAUUCAGAUAAAAGUUUUACAUUUUACAAAAGGAAAAAGAAAGUUUUCUGUUUGCUGGAAGCGAUAGCGUUGUGAUAAUACAAUUAGCUGUGCAAACUUUAUAUUGUCAUAUUGUGUUUCAGUAUUGAUCCAUAAUGAGUUUGAUAUCUUUAUAUGAAAUAACGACUUCACCUGUAUGUUGGUAUUUAUUUGAAUUGUCAUGCAGUACUGUAUUCUUAUCAAUAAUGUGCAUUAUGAUUAAUAGCAUAUUGAUAACAGCUAAAUGUCAUAUGCAUGUUUCCCAGUCAUGGGACCUUUACACAGAAUAGAAAACAAACAUGUGAACUUUUGUCAGGGUGUUAAAAAAUGAAAAAAAAUAGACGAGUUAAGUCUGAUGUAUUACUGCUGAACUAAUCCUUUGAAAGUGUUUUGUUUGUUUUCCAGUCGAGAGGCGGGAUGUCUGUGUAAAGGUAGUCAUGCUGGCUAAAAAUCAAUAAAUGUGACUUCAGUUCCAA